UCCUCCACCCUCCCAAACAAGCAGCGUCCACGCCACGUCACCCUGUGUCUGAACUGGGACUGCAAAACUUACUUAGACUGCAUUAGGAGAGGCACUAACCUAAAGACUUCUCACAGAAGAAGUGCACAAGUAGAAUAAAAAGUUUCUUUGGAUUAAACAGAGACCAGCUCCAGUGCAACAAAGGUUUGAAUUGCAAAGCUCAAUGAAGAAUAUUGCUGAAGUUUUCUGAUUAAGACAGCCAUUGUGGAUGCAAUUCCACCAGGAGCGGAGAAGCUAUUUCUUACCUACAGGAAAAGAAAAUUUAAUGGAAGAGGAUCAUUUAGCAAGCUGUUGAAGAACGAGAAAUAUCCUUAUACAAGUUUUGCAUUGGGAACCAGGAAGAAAAAUUAAGGAAACUUCUUCAGGCAUCUUCUUUUUCAAAAUAAAUUAACUGAUUUUCAUUCAGACCUCCCUGGGACAUUCUUAGGCCAUCAUGAAUGUAUUCCGGAUUCUGGGAGAUGUUUCUCAUCUCUUAGCUAUGGUCAUAUUGCUGGUGAAGAUCUGGAGAUCAAAGUCUUGUGCUGGUAUCUCAGGAAAGAGCCAGAUCCUUUUUGCACUUGUUUUUACAAGCCGUUACCUUGACCUAUUGACAAACUUCAUUUCCAUCUAUAAUACUGUCAUGAAGGUCGUUUUCUUACUUUGUGCCUAUGUUACUGUAUAUCUGAUCUAUGGGAAAUUCCGGAAAACUUUUGACAGCGAGAAUGAUUCCUUUCGCCUCGAAUUCCUUUUGGUUCCUGUCAUAGGCCUGUCAUUUUUGGAAAACUACAGUUUUACACCUACAGAGAUCCUCUGGACUUUCUCUAUUUAUUUGGAAUCAGUAGCUAUCCUCCCACAACUCUUCAUGAUUAGCAAAACAGGUGAAGCCGAGACAAUCACUACCCACUACCUUUUCUUCUUGGGUCUCUACCGUGCUCUCUAUCUUGCCAACUGGAUCUGGCGUUACCACACAGAAAACUUCUAUGAUCAGAUUGCUGUGGUUUCUGGAGUAGUACAGACGAUCUUCUACUGUGAUUUUUUUUAUCUCUAUAUUACUAAAGUAUUAAAAGGAAAGAAGUUGAGUCUUCCAAUGCCUAUCUGAAGAUGCACACCAUUUAACAAGUUCCUGAAGACACUGCUGCAGGACUGAAGGAUUUUUUUCUACUCUUCCGCCAUUUGGUUCAGCUAGUAUUUGGAGAAUUUACCCUGUUCCUCUACACCGUAACUAGCAAACCCCAAAUUGUGCCUGAGAGACUGAUGUUUGGGUAGCUAACACUUCUGGCUUAACACUUACAGACUUUAAGUAUUUACAUUUUCUUUUGUACUGGCAUGUUCCUUUGAUGACUGAACUGUGCUUGUUAACAAAUAAAAUAAUACCAACUACA